UAAAAAUAUGGCAACAACGUUCUUGUCUUGCGCCGCGAGUCUGCGCAGAAAAUAAAAAAAAAAUAUUAGGAAAAGAAAUGGCAGUUACUAGAGAGAAAGAAAAUUGUUCAAGAAAAUUUAAUGGAAAUAUACCUGCAUUAUCUCUCAAUAGUGAUAAUAUGUCGACGUCGACGGACAGUGACGACGUAGCGGACCCGACGUAUGAAAUUAGGAACAUUCAAAGCAUCAUCAACGUAACCCGUGAAAACAUUGACGCUCUGAAUGCAAAAUUUGCUGGUUUCCAGCAUCCACCGUCAUUGUAUUUGUCUGAAUACCAGGAGCUAACGUCAAAGUUGCAUAAUUUAGAGUUACGAGAACGAACUUUACGUGAAUUGCUGCAGUGUGAAUCGCCGGACAGAAGUGAGGAGUACUCGUUGCAGGAUGACAGUAAAAAGUUCGAUACUCUUACGCGGCAACCGAAGGUGUUCCUGCGGGCGCACCUGCCGAACCAGCAGCGGACGAGUGUGCAGGUGAAGGAGGGCGUGACGCUGCGGGACGCGCUCUCCAAGGCGCUGAAGCUGCGCAACCUGACUUGUGAGAUGUGUGAAGUGGUGCGGACAGGCAAUGACCUAGUGAUACCUUGGGACAUCGACAUUACUAUGAUCGACGCCGAGGAGGUGACAGUACGGACAUUGGACAAGCUCCCAAUAAUGUCCCACAUAUCGCACCAGUUCACUCGGAAGACAUUCUUUACACUCGCCUUUUGUGAGUGCUGUAGGCGACUGCUGUUCAACGGCUUCUACUGCUCGCAGUGCAACUUCAAGUUCCACCAGCGAUGCGCCGACAAAGUGCCCAGUAUCUGUCAUCAGGUGCGUAUGACGGACACUUACUACGCAGCGCUGUUGGCACAGAACCCUGAGACACAAGCUGGCAUUCUGCACUUCCCUCCACACUUCGGAUACCAUCACAUGAUCUCUAGAACGGACCAGAGCAAGUCUAUCUCUCCAGCAAAGAAAAUGAAGGAGUUUGAUGUCCACUGGCACCAGCACCCGCGCUCCUUGAACCAGCAGGACAGAUCCAACUCCGCUCCAAAUGUCUGCAUUAACAUGGUGCAGAGACCUAUGACCCUCGCUGAACAUCAGAGGAAGCAUAACCAGGGUAACAACAACUCGCCGCAGUCCUCAAACUACCUGACUUCGGGCAGACACAAACAGGAUGACAAAGACAAGGCCGUAGACCAGCAGCACAGCCAGAGUACACAGGCGUCUCCGACGGGCACGCUAAGGCCGCGGCGUGCGCGUGCGCGCUCGGCAGACGAGUCGUGGAAGAACGCGCUGUCGCCGCGAGAGAGCUACGACGACUGGGUCAUACAUGCCGACGAAAUACUCAUCGGGGCUAGGAUAGGGUCUGGCAGUUUCGGAACAGUAUACAAGGCCCACUGGCACGGCCCCGUGGCUGUGAAGACCCUCAACGUGAAGACUCCUACACCUGCUCAGCUACAGGCCUUCAAGAAUGAGGUGGCAGUCCUCCGCAAAACCCGGCACUGCAACAUCCUUCUGUUCAUGGGGUGCGUGUCGAAGCCGUCGCUGGCGAUAGUGACGCAAUGGUGCGAGGGCUCGUCGCUGUACCAGCACCUGCACGUGCUCGAGACUCCGUUCCCACUGCUCUACCUCAUCGACGUCGCGAGGCAGACCGCGCAGGGCAUGGACUACUUGCAUGCUAAGAAUAUUAUUCAUAGGGACCUGAAAUCAAACAACAUAUUCUUGAGAGAUGACUGGUCUGUUAAAAUUGGAGAUUUCGGUCUAGCCACGGCCAAGGUGCGGUGGUCCGACACAUCUACAGCGGGAGGUAUCCAGUGGCAGCAGCCGACGGGCUCGAUCCUGUGGAUGGCCCCCGAGGUCAUUCGCAUGGAGGAACCCGCGCCAUAUACCUUCCGCUCCGACGUCUACGCGUACGGAAUCGUGCUCUACGAACUCAUGGCAGGGGAACUGCCUUAUGCACAUCUUAAUAACAAGGACCAGAUCCUCUGGAUGGUCGGGCGAGGUUUCCUGCGACCUGACGCUCGCCGAGUGCGCCAGGACGCACCACAGGCUCUGAAGCGUCUGUUCGAGGACUGUAUCAAGUUCGACAGAGAGCAACGUCCUCUCUUUCGUCAAAUCCUGGCCUCACUAGAGUCCAUGCUGCGCGCCAUGCCCAAGAUCACGCGCAGUGCGUCCGAACCGAACCUCAACAGACAACUGCACGCCUCCGACGACUACCUCAGCUACAGCUGCGCGUCGCCCAAGACACCGGUCAACUUCCAGUUCAACACCGACACCAGUUUCCCGGCGUUUUACGGCAUCCCAGUGCCCAACCAGCGGCACCCGUAGGGGUUGCUGAAGGGCUACGACUAGCCUGGCGGCGCACCCGCCGGGGCCGGCGCCGCGCGCGCUGCGUAGUACUGUAGUCUGCGGCAGUUGGUUAGCUCUAGCCAUGGUCUGUAUCACACUACACCUAGUCUCAGGCACGCGACACGUAAUGCUCGGCUCGCAUUCACGGUUCAGUGCAUCACAGACUGUUCUCUAUCAGACCAGUCAGAUCUUUCGAAGGAAACAUCUCGACUAGUCUACUAGCGAACUGCAGUGUUAUAGCGGCCUUAGCUAGAAUAUCGAACUGUUUGAAACCAAUUCGUGUAUAGUUAAUUAUUUCAGUGUAAAAUGUGAUAAUGCCGAAGGACAAAUGUGAGACAGUAUUUUAUGUGUGGCUUACGACAUAGUUUCUAUCGGGGAGUUGUGAUGGCUGUCUGAAGAGCGCAAGAUAAUGAGCUUCAAACGCGAUGCUGUUCAACAGUUGGUUUAACUUAGUCAAAAAUCAGCUGGGACUUUGAACAAGCUGAUAUAUUUGCGACGCUAUGACCCAAUUCUGUACUAAAAUCAUUAUUGACCGUGUCCGCUGGCCAAGUGAACUGAUCUCUUAUUUUGUUUAUUCCUAUGAUUGUGAUUGCUCUGGUGCAAGGUAAAGAUCCUGUUUCCAUUCUACCUUAAACAUUUCCUGCGGUUAAUCCUUCUUUUAUUUUGUUCACUCGCUUUUACUGUUGUUCGUGUAUGGAUGUGUUUAUGUUCGACAACGAUCUUAAAUGUUACCAUCUCAGAAUUGUCACGUUGAGAUAAUGAGUUUGGUGGUCAGAUUGGUCAUAGCAGUCAGUCGGAAUAGGGUUCUACUGUCGAUAUGUUCACGAUCUCGGAAUGUAUUUAUCAUUAUUUAUUUUAUAAUUUAUUAAAACUUAUUUAUUAUUGUUUCCAUCCUAAAGUUGAUGCGAUCUAAAAAUUGCAUGUCGCUCAAAACGUGACGCAUUAUUAAAAAAAAACAUUUAAAAGUGAUUGGUUACUCUACUUACACAAUAUUACCGAUUGUGUCUCAUAAUUGUACAGGAUAGAUGUAAGAAAAAUCAUCGCAAAUUAACCAAUUCUAAAGAAAAUGAAAUAUUAUAGUAAAACUCGCCUUUAUAGUAGAUUACUUAUAAAUAUUUGCAUGCAUCUGAGCGAAAGUGAGCGGUGUUUGCUAGCGUGUAAGGACGAUAAUAUCUUGAUGUUCUAAAGCAGUCUUAUGAAACCGUACAUAGUACCUACAAUCAUGUUCGACAUCAGAACCAAGUUGGUAUGCAAUAAAAUCACAUUUACGUAUUAGACUGGACCUGCCGAGGGUAAUAUUCAUCGUUAUUUGGUAAAUUACGUUAGUACCAAGUCGCCGAGAGAGCGACGCAGGCGCACCGGUCAAAAUGGACGUUAUUUUUCUGAUAUAAAUGAAAUAUUUUUGUAUUAUCUCAAUACAUCAUUAAGUGAUAGUAAUAAUGUAUGUUUUAAAAGUAUUAUUUGUACGAUAUAGUUGUAACCGAGUCGUGUUGAGACAUAAAUAUAAUUUAUUCGUAAUUAUUGUAAAUAAUUAAUUGUAAUAAAGACCAUAGUUUAAUGUCGGAACACUAAGAAUCUUGUGUAUACAGUAUAAUUAAUUUUAACGCAUAACUAUUAACUCUAAGAACACAAUAAAUUAUUGUUUCAAAUUAUUUACGUGUUUUUAUUUCUAUAAAUACAUCAAUGCAAUUGUAUUAUGUCCAGUUAAACUAUUGAUGAAUAAUAACAUCAUGGUGUAGAUAGGGUUUCAUAGUUUCGUCGAUCGUUUCUAAGUUUCCGUGGUGUAGCGGUUAUCACAUCUGCCUAACACGCAGAAGGUCCCCGGUUCGAUCCCGGGCGGAAACAUAGUUUUUGCUCGUACAAAAAAAUUUAACACGCUUUAUUUUACUUACAAAUUGGAAUGUACGUUACUUUAUAUUGGUAUUAAAAAUAUUAUGAAUGUACUUUAAUAACUAUUGCAGACACGCUUUAAAACUGAAGAUAAAU